GCUCAAGCAAAACAUAGAGCAGCCAAAAACUCAAAACAGUCGAGUCACCAACUCUAGCAAAAAGAAAACAUUAGAUCCAAUGGUGAAGGAACAGGCAUUAGCCGGACUGCUCAUUGCCUUGGUGGCCCUCGCCACAAUGGAGGGCGCCCACGCCAUCUGCGGCAUGGCGAACGAGGACUUCAAGCUGUGCCAGCCGGCGGCGGCCGUGAAUGACCCGACUGACAGCCCGUCGGCGGAGUGCUGCGCCGCCCUUGGUAAGGCCGACCUGGGAUGCAUCUGCCGCUACCGGGGCGUCGCCGGCAUAUGGAUGAGGAUCUACCACAUCGACCCAAGCCGUGCCAUGGCGCUGCCGGGCAAGUGCGGCCUCACCAUGCCCGGCAACUGCUCGUGAUCGAUGAGCUGCAUGAAUAAUCACACGUACAUGGAAGCAGCCAGGAGUUGUUAUUCCAUAUGGCUAACUAAAUAAGUGGAGCGCAUGAAAGGCCCUGUGUGCUCUCCUUGAUGGCUUGUUCUAUUUUCUGUGUGAGAGCGUGUGGUGUGCGUGUGAGUUAUAUGCUCAGUGUGUGCUCGUUUCAGCUCAUCAGCUUGAUCCAUGCAAGUGUGUGUCUACACGUCUGUUGUCAUGAUCAGUAUUAUUGUUAGUGAGUGUCGGUAACUUUGUACGACCUUAUAGUGUCAGUGCACAAAAUGGAUAUA